AUGUGCAAGUUACUGGGGAUCGACCAGCAGCUAAGCACGGCGUACCACCCCCAAACCGACGGAGGCCCUGAGAGGAUGAACCAAGAAGUACAGGCAUACCUCCGCGCCGUGAUUAACCAGAACCAGAACGACUGGGAUAAGUGGGUUCCCGCGGCUCAGAUGGCGUUAAACGGUCGGGUCAAUACCUCUAUAGGGAUGUCCCCAUUCUUCGCUAUACACGGCUAUGAGCCGAAGUCACCAGUUCCCCUCGUUACGGAAGCAUAUGCGGAAGAGUAUCCUCAGCAUUCGCCAGAAACCAGGGCAAAGAAAUUUGUUACCAAACUACAACAGAUUACGGACCUCUGCCAAGCAUCAAUGGCGACAGCUACGCAGCAACAAGAACGCUUCGCUAACAGACGACGGAACGCGGCAGAACGCUUCGAAGUAGGCGAUAAGGUUUGGCUUGACUUACGGAACUACGCGUCAGAGCGACCUAAGAAGAAGUUCGACUGGCUGCACGCUAAGUAUACGAUAAGCAAGGUACUCGACCCGUACACGGUUGAACUAGCAGCCCUCCCGAGGGCUGCUAUAAUAGGUUCCACGUCGACCAACUCCGGAGAGCGGGGACGGACCCAAUGCCUGGUCAGCAACGCACAGACGCUCAACCCCAUCUAUCCAAACCCGACCUGGACCUCUUUAGACAAUAUGCAACAGACAGCGGCCUUGGAUAAGUACGAACAGAGAUACGGCCCGGCUCUCGAAAACGAUGGACCAUACCAGCACCGACGAGUGGCAACGGAAGCACAGCCGGCCCAAAUCCAGGGGCAAGUCGAAGGAAUACAACCACAGCUGCAGAUACAGGGCAAGAGAAUACGCGGACCACUACGGGCUAGGACUAAUGGCGACGCCCCGUCGAUAGGGACCAGGAACAGGAAAAAGGGCACCAGCGCCAGAGAGGAGUAG